GCAGGGGGUUGUCCGCCCGCGGCACGCACAGGAGCCGCAGCCGCCUCGCGCCUGGUCCCGCGGUCGCAGCUCAAGCCGCAGCCUCCGCGCCGCCGCCGUCGCCGUCGCCUUAGCUGCUCGCUUCGUGGGUCGGUCUCUCCGGCACACGGGCUCCAGCCGCGCCGUAGCUGCCCUCCGAGUCCUUCAGGCCGCCCCGGUCUCCUCACCCGGCCCGAUCCAGCCCUCGAAGAUGGUGGACCGCGAGCAACUGGUGCAGAAAGCCCGGCUGGCCGAGCAGGCGGAGCGCUACGACGACAUGGCCGCGGCCAUGAAGAACGUGACAGAGCUGAACGAGCCACUGUCCAACGAAGAAAGAAACCUCCUGUCCGUGGCCUACAAGAACGUAGUCGGGGCCCGCCGCUCUUCCUGGAGGGUCAUUAGUAGCAUCGAGCAGAAGACCUCUGCAGAUGGCAAUGAGAAGAAGAUAGAGAUGGUCCGUGCUUACCGCGAAAAGAUAGAGAAGGAGUUGGAAGCGGUGUGUCAGGAUGUGCUGAGCCUGCUGGAUAACUACCUGAUCAAGAAUUGCAGUGAGACCCAGUACGAGAGCAAAGUGUUCUACCUGAAGAUGAAAGGGGACUAUUACCGCUACCUGGCUGAAGUGGCCACUGGAGAGAAGAGGGCGACUGUCGUGGAGUCCUCUGAGAAGGCCUACAGCGAGGCCCACGAGAUCAGCAAGGAGCACAUGCAGCCUACUCACCCCAUCCGAUUAGGCCUGGCUCUUAACUACUCCGUUUUCUACUACGAGAUCCAGAAUGCGCCGGAGCAGGCGUGCCACUUGGCCAAGACCGCUUUCGACGACGCCAUCGCCGAGCUCGACACUCUGAACGAGGACUCCUACAAGGACUCCACUCUCAUCAUGCAGCUGCUCCGCGACAACCUAACGCUCUGGACGAGCGACCAGCAAGACGACGACGGCGGAGAAGGCAACAACUAAGGCCCCCAGGUGGACUGGCAGCGCACGCUGAUGCUCCUACCGCAGUCUUUAUUUUUUUCCCAUGAGUGGGGGGUCGGGUGGGGGAGGGGAAGGGAGGGACGACCUUCCCAGGGAGAAGCCCACGACCUGUCCUGUCUUUGAUCGCCUCUUUGACGUUUUUGCCAAAACACCACUAGUGGAAAGUCAGGUUAGCUGUGCUGGUAUUGGAAUAGCAGCCUCACACUGGCAUACGGACUGUUCUGUAGAUGAAUGCAGGUGGAGCUGUCUGUCUUGAGUCUAACUUAUUGCCAGAGUAGGGUUUGGAGUCCAAAAGAAAACUGAAAAAUGGAAUGGCCCUCAUUCAGGAAGUUCUGUGGUUCCAGUAAGGAUUUGUAUGUACAUACGCUCUUAAUCUUAAGUUCUGGGUACUUCCUAGCUCAUCUGUUUUUAGCCGUGCAUUUUUGUUCUGUUCUGUUGUGUUUUUUUUUUUUCAGGGUGCACUCGACCAGCCAGGGAAUAGUUUAAAUCCCAAACUGACAGACUUGGGACAGAAGGUAUAUUUAUCCUUGUGGUUUUAGGCCUUGCCAGUUUUCUGAAGUCUCCGAUUAGUUGACAGUAUUAACACUAAAUUGCAGUUUACAGUAUUUCUACAUGACAGCCAUAUGUAACAUCAAGCCAUCGAGUGUGCAUUUUUCUUUGCUGGUUCUUUUGGCUUUCCGUCCUUAGUCAGCCUUUACCCGGGUUGGUGUUGCUGUUCCCUGUCUCCUAGGCCAAAAAGGCUUGCCUGAGGAGAAUCCGAGCUACUUUAGGUUUUGGUUAAUAGGUGCUUGGCAGGUGGCUGUGGGAUUUUUGUCUUUCUUUCCUCUUAACUUCAAUCCGCCACAAAAAUGGAUAACUCGCUUUAAUAGAAACGUUACACACCACAAAAAUAGAGAAAAUUCAGGUCUGUAUGUCAUUUAUUGUGUUGAUAUUUUCAGAGAACUCCUGAUUUUUAAGCUGCCACAGCUCCUUCCUCAGGGAUCAUGCUGCCAUUUCACUCUUCACUUGAGUGCUCCCCACUGUACCUUCUGCUGGCGGCGCCCAGGGGGUGGAGACGCUGUGGGGCUGCAAAGGCUGGGCCGUCCUCCUGAGAAAGUCUGCGGUGCAGUGUGUGAAAAUUCAGGUGCUAGAAGCUUACUGGUAGAAAAAUCCAGAAGGAAGAGCUCUUCUAGUCAUACACAUUGUGUCCAAUGGCGGGAGCCUCCGUAAGCAUGUCAGUCUUUUCCUCCCCGAAAACACUCCUUCCCCGAGUAAUUGUUGUAGGAAGAUGAACUAAAAUCAUCCUCGGAUAAUAAAUAACUCCUACUUGACCAAAACUUUUUCUAUAUAUCUAUAUUUUUUUCUUUUUAACGAAAGCAUCGAAGCUGGAGAGUCCUUUUCUCUCGCGCGUGGUCGACGCAUGAUUUGGAAUUGAAGGGAAACGACCUUGCUGUUUUCCACAAAUUUGUUCUCAGUUAGCCUUCGGUCCUUCAUUUCUCAUUUUGGAAAAAAUCUUUCUGAAAACGCGAACCGUUGAGUAUGUGUUCAGUCUUUUUUAGAAGAUCAGUAACCGUGUGAACUCCCGAGACAGGUAAUGACGCCAGACUUGUUUUGUCUGUUUCUUUGUUUUAUUUAGUCAAGGAGAGGUAUGAGUAAUAAUUGAGGAAACACUGACCGUUGCUUUUGCUGUUACCAAAAUUGAACUUACGGUUAGGAAAUGGAUACGUGUGACAGGAUCCAGGUGACCGUGAAGACCAGAAGUACGACGAAUUGAUGCUCUGUGGCAUCGCACAGUUUAUACAGCGUGACUUUCCUUAGAAGGUUCCCUCCAUACGCUAGAGCAGAAGUCCCAAUUAACUGAACCCUAGCAGUAAACUCCUAGAAGAGAGCUGUACAGCUUUUGUGCCAUCACUGGGGCCUAAAGUCAAUGCCAUGGAUGGGAAAAGAUUGGGGGUGGGGGGAGGGGGUAGGUGGGGCUUUUCCUUAACUUAUCUUCAUGUCCAGUGAGCAGUGUUGUGUCCUUUCUUGUAGCAUUUGGAAAUGAUUUACUGGAAUUACAAAACCUAUUUUUUCUUUCAAAUUUCAGCUUUGGCUCUGGCUGCUUUUUAGAAUAAUGCAAGAUAAAAUUAUACCCGAGGGCUAAAAAUGAAGAGGGGAUGGGAGACUUGAUAUUUAAGCAGCUUGAAUGGUUUCUUUUCUUUUCUUUAUUUUUAAAGAAAUGCACUUGCCUCUGAUACUGUCUCUCCAGUGAAAUGAUUACUCCUCCAUUACUCUAUUGAUACAAUAUUGUGCAUGCUAGUGUUGUAUUUCUAUACAGUAGCUUGAAAUUUAUUAACUUAUACUGUAGGUGUUAUGUAUUCCUAUGACAAAAAAAAAAUUAAGUCUUCAAAUUUUUUAAAGUUUUUUUAAUUUAAUUUUUCCUUUUGGGGGUACAGUUUGCUCUACCAAAUAGUGAUCGUAACAAAUUGAUCUGUUUUGGAUGUUGCUAUAGUGACAUGCAGUUAUAUAUUUUGUUUUUAAGGGGGGGGGGAGCAAAAGAAACACCAGUGUUAGCUUAAUCUUAAUGUCUGGUGUUUGUCAUGGUGAAAUUAUAACUAUUACAGUGUAGGAGAACAAUGAAGAUGUUCUCUGAAUGAGCCUCUGUGCUUUUUUGUCAUGUUAUGCAGUGAACUAUUUUUAAGGUCUAAUCAGUGAUUAUUUUUCCAACUCCGUGUUUCUCUAAGGAAUUCUUUCACACACGGACCAUUCUUAGCAGUUUUCCUCAGUGAUGGAAUAUCAUGAAUGUGAGUCAUUAUGUAGCUGUCGUACAUUGAGCAAAUAAACUUACAGAUCUGA